UGCUUCUAGGCCUCCAUCCACAAAGCCACGGACUUGCAGCCCACGGGACCCCAGCCCAGGGCCUGCUGCCCUCACCAUGGUGAAAUUGCUGCCGGCCCAGGAGGCAGCCAAGAUCUACCAUACCAACUAUGUGCGGAACGCGCGGGCCGUGGGCGUGAUGUGGGGCACGCUCACCAUCUGCUUCUCCGUGCUGGUCAUGGCCCUCUUCAUCCAGCCCUACUGGAUCGGCGACAGCGUCAACACACCGCAAGCAGGCUACUUCGGCCUUUUCUCCUACUGCGUGGGUAACGUGCUGUCCUCCGAGCUCAUCUGCAAAGGCGGUCCCCUAGAUUUCUCCUCCAUCCCCUCUAGAGCCUUCAAGACUGCCAUGUUCUUCGUGGCCUUGGGCAUGUUCCUCAUCAUUGGCUCCAUCAUCUGCUUCAGCCUGUUCUUCAUCUGCAACACAGCCACAGUCUACAAGAUCUGUGCAUGGAUGCAGCUGGCUGCCGCCACAGGCCUAAUGAUUGGCUGCCUGGUCUACCCUGACGGCUGGGACUCAAGUGAGGUGCGGCGCAUGUGUGGGGAGCAGACGGGCAAGUACACGCUGGGCCACUGCACCAUCCGCUGGGCCUUCAUGCUGGCCAUCCUCAGCAUUGGCGACGCUCUCAUCCUCUCCUUCCUGGCCUUCCUGUUGGGCUACCGGCAGGACAAGCUCCUCCCUGAUGACUACAAGGCAGAUGGAACCGAGGAGGUAUGAAGCAGAAGGAGCUGAAGGGUCGGUCAUCAUCUACUUCUCAGACAAUGGAAAACUAGGUAAUUGAAUUCUUCAGAGUUAAGAACUUGUUCUUCCAAGUUUCCUUGUUCCUGGAUGCUCUAGGCCUGAAGGCUGAAGCCUUUUGUUGUAACACUAAAACCGGACAGUCUCCUGAGACAAGACCUCCUACUGUACUCUUUCAGGUGAAGCAGAACUGCAAUGA